GUACACUAAUUGGGAUUUCUAUAUCGGCGUUUUGAGCAAUAUUUGUGAUAUUGAUUAUGAAGAUACAGACCAAACAUCUAAAAUAAACUAAUUUGAUUAUUUAUUAUGCAUCCAAGUUCGUGUAACUUCAAUUAAAUGGCCUAUAGACACCCUGGUGUUUAUAAAUGUGUUACUGAUUUGGUCCCUUCAUGUGGUUGUGCGGUGGAGAUCCCCAUUCUAAGAUUGCAACAGUAUUUUUUUGUGUUUUUGACCAAAAGCCUUACAUACGUCACUCUUCUGAGCAAACACUGCUCAGAAAACAGAAGUGAGAAGUUGAAUCCACCAGCAAAGGACUCAGAAAGGCAACACUUUAUAGUCGCUGCUUUUGCCAUUGACACGUACCGUAAAGUAACCAGCAUGGAUGAUAUUGAUUAUGUUGAAUAUGGGGAUUACACCCCAAGCAAUGACACAGAGAUCUACAGCAACCUAACUCACCUAGUGACUUUCAGUACCUCUCAGUCUUCUCUGACUUAUGUCCUAGUCGCAGCCAAUAUCAUUAUUUCUGUUGCUGGGCUUGGAGGAAAUUCCUUAGUGAUCUGGAUCUGUGGAUGGAAAAUGAAAACAACGGUCAUCACCACCUGGUACAUCAGUUUGGCCAUUUCAGACCUUUUGUUCUGUGUCUUUCUGCCACUCGACGUGUUCUACAUGUUAACCUCGAACUGGCCUUUCGGACAGAUCUUGUGCAAGCUCUCCUCCUCCGCCCUGUUUCUCAACAUGUACAGCAGCGUAUUCCUGUUGGUUCUAAUCAGUGCCGAUCGCUGUGUGAUGGCCUUAUUCCCUGUGUGGUCACACAACCAUCGAAGGGUGCCCAAAGCUUUCAGAGUCAUCGUCCUCAUGUGGAUCCUCUCUGCUCUGCUAACGUUGCCCUCGCUGAUCUUCAGAAAAACCACGGUCCACGGCUCGGUCACUCAGUGCCACACAGAUUACGGGGGCCAUUCCAAACACAAGGCGGUGGCGCUGACUCGGUUCAUCUGCGGGUUCCUGAUCCCGUUCCAAAUUAUUGUGUCCUGCAGCCUGGUGCUCGGUGUGAAACUGAAAAGUUUGACCAUCAAGUCAACAAAGCCUUACAAAGUCAUGGCAGCGCUCAUCUUGUCGUUUUUCUUCUGCUGGGUGCCCUAUCAUACCUUUGUCCUGCUGGAGCUAGACCUGAAGAACCACAGUGUGGAAGUGCAGAAAACUGGGCUGAGAGUGGGAACCACGCUGGCUGCAGCCAACAGCUUCAUAUCCCCACUUCUCUAUGUGUUCAUUGGAAAUGACUUCAAACGAACCCUGAAGCGGUCUUUGACGUCAGGGAUUGAGGAGGCGAUGGCUGAGGACAUCCGUACAGGCGGUCUCAGUCACUCAAAGUGCAAGUCAAUGGAGGUUAUAUGAAAUUAAGUUCAAAUUUUUAGCAUUAACGCAAAAGAGUACAUGAACUUUGAUUAGAAGCACAGGUGGCCUUGGACGUGUUUAAUCACAAUGUAUUCUGUAGGCGAUUUGUAUAUUGUGUAUAUACAUGUAUGCAUUAAUGAUGUAUUUAUCAUGAUCUUAAAACCUUAUGGAUCACAGUUACUCACUGAGGCUAUAAGCUAUUGAUUUACUGUGUCUUUCAAUGUAAAAGGAAAAUCUUUAUUCUCCUAUUUGUUGUAUUUAGAUGUUUUUGUAUGUAUGGAAAACUUUCUCUGAUGUUGUUCUUAUGCUUCUUUCAAAUUAUGCCUCAUGUGAAGCAUUUUGAAUGUAAUUAAAUGCAUUAUAUUCAGUUAUUUAGAGCAAACUGUGAUGACUGAAAUAUUGAGAACCAACAUUUUGUUUUUUUACAUUUUGUUCAUAAUAAAAUUGUAUAAAGGAAACUAAACAAAUCAUAUGAAGUAAUUAAAUUAUUGUAAUUUUGUUUUGUAAAGUUCUUCAGUUUCCAAUGAUCACCCUACUAGUAAGCUGUACUGCUGUAAAUAUAAUUGUGCUUGUUCUAGUGUCAUUCUAAUAAAGUAAUAUUUAGCCUGA